AUAAUUAAAUUCUCAAUGGCCAAGUCUUAGUUAUUAUUACACUCUAAAAAUAGAAGAGUAGACGUAGCUAACCAAAAAGACUAGUUCAGUUUAGUACCAAUAACAGAGAAAAUCUCUCCUUUUAUAAACCACCACUUGUCCUGCAUAAAUACCAAACGAGUGAAGCCAUUGAGGUUUAGCAAAGGAGAACACACAAGAUGGGUCUCAAUGCCUCCCUUUCUCUCUUCUCCCUCACCAUCUUACUCGUCUUCUCUAAGGUCGUCACAGCGGAUAACAUCACCCUGGCCUUUCAGAAAUACUCCAAUUUCAGCACCAUGAGCAGCCUCUUCACCCAGACCAAGCUCACUGUACCCAUCAGCAAAUACCAAACCAUAACCGUGCUCGCUGUUAGCAACGACGCUAUCAGCUCCAUCACUAACAGAUCCGACGUCGAGCUCAAGAACAUCCUCAUGACUCAUGUUAUUCUUGACUACUACGAUGAGCUCAAGCUUCAGGGGAUGAGGGAGAAGAGCAUAAUGCUUACUACCUUAUACCAGACCACCGGUUUGGGAGAAGAGAUGAAUGGUUUCCUGAACGUUACCAAAUUGAACGGAAGGGUAUACUUUGGAUCAGCAGUGAAGAACUCACCUCUAAACGCUGAGUAUGUCUCAACUGUGUACCACAAUCCAUAUAACCUCUCUAUAAUCCAGAUUAGCAUGCCAAUCGUGGCUCCUGGACUCAGCCUUGCAGUUAACCCACCUCCACCACCACCCGUUCCUAUAGUUCCAUCUCCAUCUCCCAUGGAUGCUUCAAUGGUUCCUGCUCCAUCUCCCAUGAAUGCUACAACAACAGCUCCAGGACCAGCUGAUGCUGACAAUUCCUCAGAUACUGUUGUCCCAAAAACUACACCUACAGCAGACACACCGGAGGCUGAUUCUCCUGCUCCUGCUCCAAGCGCAGAUAAUGAGAAGAUUGAAGCUGCUGAUAAGGCUGGACCAUCUUCUUCUGCUUUUAAGUCUGGUUCCAGGUUUGAUGUAAUUCUCCUGCUAGCAUUUUUCUCUAGCUUUGCUGGGUUCUAAGAUGGCUGACGUGGGUUGAAGACAAUAAUGGUAGGUGAGGUUCAAAACAAUUUUUCCGUAGCAUUUAAAACAAGAAAAGAGACACGACCAUUGGAAGUGAAAACCUAAGUGUAAUGAACUUUCUACUUUUCAUGCAUUGUAGUUAUCAGCCAUUUUGAAUGCAAAUGUGAUGUUUGCUCUAUUGAUUUUGUAA